UCUCUCUACAAAUAACACCGACGCCCUCAUUUCUCUCCGCACAGCCUGGACUCUGGACUCUUCUCCUUCCCGGUAUCUGGCGGAGUGUGUGGGAGGGUAGACUGUUGCUAGAGAGAAGGGAAAGUGAGAGAGGGAAGGCAGAGGCAAGCAAGGGAGAAGGAGAAGAUGGUGCAGUCUACGAGAGCUAGAGUUAGGGUUAUGGUUCUGGUGCUCACGUUGGCCUGCAUUAUAGUGGGUGCCACUGCCGCCGGCCAGGCACCGGCCGCUGCGCCGACCACCUCCGCACCACCUCCGACUACCUCCUCCCCACCCCCGACCACCUCAUCACCACCCCCCACCACUACGCCACCAGCAUCUUCGCCAUCAAAACCCGUCGCCCCGUCUCCCAAACCUGUUGCCCCCGCCGCCUCGCCUCCCGCUAAAGCACCAGUAGCCUCUACACCACCUGUAGCCGCUCCUACCGCUGCGCCACCCACACCGACAGCUCCCAUUGCCGCACCGCCUACUCCGGUAGCUCCCGUCGUUGCACCCACCACCCCUCCUCCGGUCGCCUCACCUCCUGCCCCUGUUCCGGUUGCCUCCCCUCCGGCGCCUGUGCCUGUAGCUUCCCCGCCCGCACCUGUGCCCGUGAGCUCAGCACCUGCGGUGACUCCGGCUCCUGCCUCUGCCCCACCGUCGAAGGCUCCGGCUCCGAGCAAGAAGAAGCUAAAGCAUAAGAAGAGUUCCCCUGCUCCUUCUCCCCUGGCUGUCAGUCCUCCGGCUCCUCCUCUCGCUCCCGGCCCCUCUCAGGAUUUGAGCUCUCCAAACUCUUCUCCUGACACCAGUGGAGCAGAGGGAAUGAUGGGGGUGAAGAAGAUGGUCUUCGCAAGCAUCCUUGCUCUUGUUUGCGGUCUCGCCGUUAUUGCUUGAGGAGGCAUUCUUUUCCAUGACACCAUCUCUUUCUUUCUCCUCCUAUUCUCUUCUCUGUGCUUUUCUUUCUUGUUCUUCUCUUUUUUGAGGGCACCUGAAAUUCCCACCCCCUUGUGCGCUAUGGGAUGUCCAGGUGUGGUAUAUUUUGAGCUAUGGAUUCUUUGAGGAGAGCUGUUUGUAGUGAUUAUUGAUUGGUUCGGACUUCUACAUUAUUUAUGGCGUGUUCUUUUCUCUUCCUCUUAUAUAUAUAUUACAUAUAUCCUUCUA